AUGGAGCAAGCAAAUCAGACUAUGGUGUCUGAAUUUAUUUUUCGUGGACUUUGUGAUUCAAGCAAAAUCCAGACCUUCCUCUUACUGCCAUUUUCAGCGCUCUACCUCAUGACUGUUGUAGGAAAUCUCUUUGUUGUGCUUUUAAUCUUCAUUGACCCUCAUCUGCAUUCCCCAAUGUACUUUCUCUUAGCCAAUCUCUCAUUUGUUGACUUCUGUCUUUCCUCGGUAACCACCCCUAGACUAAUCACAGACUUACUAAGAGCUAAUAAGACCAUGUCCUUUGAAGGCUGCAUGGCACAGAUCUUCUCUGAGCAUAUUUUUGGAGGGGGAGAGAUGGUAUUACUUGUGACAAUGGCUUAUGACCGCUAUGUGGCAAUUUGCAAGCCACUCCACUACCACAGCAUCAUGGACAAACAAAAGUGCAUCUGGCUAAUUUCUAUAUCUUGGAUCAGUGGCUUUGUGCAUUCUCUAAGUCAACUGCUUAUGAUUUUAGAACUUCCCUUCUGUGGACCCAGAAUAGUGGACAGCUUUUUCUGUGAUAUCCCUGUGGUGAUCAAACUGGCCUGUACGGAUAGUCCUAAAAUGGGAUUACUGAUCAAUGCUGACAGUGGUGUCUUGUCAACAAUCUGUUUCAUAGUCUUGCUAAUAUCCUACAUCUAUAUACUGACAAAUGUCCGCCAUCGCUCCAAAGAUGGGGCAUCAAAGGCACUCUCUACCUGUAUCUCUCAUAUCACAGUGGUGGUGUUAUUUUUUGUACCCUGCAUCUUCAUCUACCUGUGGCCGCUUAAUAUCACUUGGGUAGACAAGUUUCUUGCUGUGUUUUACACAGUAAUCACACCUGUGAUGAAUCCAGCUAUUUAUACACUGAGAAAUAAAGACAUUAAGAAUGCCAUAAAAAGACUUAAAAGCAAACAUAAGGAUUCAAAAGAUAAAUUGUAG